AUGUCUGCUAUCAAGUCUAUCAUCUUUUCCAGUCUCCUCCUAGGAGCCGUCCAAGCCACGCACAACUGCUGUAUCAACUGGGCCAAAGUACCAGGCAGUGGGUACAACGGAUGGGGUGUCAAUUGGGGACUCACCCAUAUUGCGUGCAACAACUAUCCCAGCAGUGCAGCUAAAUGGGACGGACAGACCUGUGACGAGCAAUACAAUGGCGCUAUCAGUGGGAGCACCUUUAUGUCCCAGUGCCAGGAUGCUGGAGUAGCAAAUGGAUAUACUCGUGAUCAGAUUGGUGCUGGAUACCGUGGUACUUGCUAA